GAAGAGAUUGAAGACGGAGAUGGAGACGGUUCGGCAUGGCAAAGGUGAAGACCAGUGCUAUGACCAAGAUCAAGAAGAAGUGGAAGGAAGCCAUUACGCGAAGAGGGAGGAGAAGGCCGAGGCCGAGGCAGAGGUGAAGGCAAAGCUUAAUGGCCGAAGCAAGGGCGUAGGUGGAGGUGCAGGUGAGGCGGAGCAAAACAUUCUUGAAGUCCUCGAUUUUUGGCCUGAAACCAAGAUGAAGUCCAGGGCUUCAUCUUCAACAUCUACCUCUUCACUUCGAGCUUCUGUGGAUCGAUCUAGUGCUAGACAAGUUUGUGAUCAUGGAUUAGCAGCAUGGCUUCACGUUAGCACGAGUGAGUUAAACCCAGGAAGAAGGUACUACAAAUGCCCAUUUUGGCUGCCAAGUGGUGGUGGAGCAAGAGCCUGCAUUUUUUUUGAAUGGGUUGAUGCUGAAUUAUCGAGUUGGUACAAAGAUGUAUUUAAUAGGCUUGAAAAUGAAAACUUGGCUUUGGAGAAUGAGAACAAGAUGUUGAGAGCAGAAUUGGUUAGUGAAGAGAGUAGUGGAGGUGUUGAAAUGGAAGCAAUGGUGUCUAAAAGAGAAAAGGACGAAAGGUGUAUCUGUGGAAUGGACAACAAAGAAGGAAUGCCAGAAAAAAUAGAAGAGAAUGGAAGGAUAGAUUCAUUUAGUUUGAAUUUUUAUAGGACUGCUUUUUUUUGUUGUGUUGUUUUCAUUGCUUGUCUGGUUUUGUUGAAGUGAGGUGUGAUAACAGCCAAUUUAUGUUGUCUGUUUUGCUCAGUAAGAUGCCCAAAUGGCCAUUUUGUGUAGUGCAAUAGGAAGUGGUCAUUUUGCUUCUGUUUUGUCAAUGUAAGAUGACCAAAUGGCCAUCCCACCUUAAAUCACACUUUCUAGAAAUAGACAUCUGAUUUCCUU